AUGGCCAACCAAACCUCUGUGACAGAGUUCCUUCUCCUGGGAUUUUCCAACAUCCACCAGCUGCAGAUUUUACACUUCCUUUUCUUCCUGCUUGUGUACGUAGCAGCACUCGUGGGGAACUUCCUCAUCAUCGUCAUUGUGACCCUCGACCACCAUCUCCACAGCCCCAUGUACUUCUUCCUCAAGAACAUGUCCUUCCUCGACCUCUGCUACAUCUCCGCCACCGUUCCCAAGUCCAUGGCCAAUGCCGUCAUGCAGCGUCACUCCAUUUCUUUCCACGGUUGCUUCCUACAGUUGUUUUUCUUCAUAACGUUCGGGACAGCAGAGUUGGCUUUGCUGACAGUCAUGGCAUAUGACCGCUACUUGGCCAUCUGCAGCCCACUGAGAUACAGGAUAGUCAUGAACAACAGAGCAUGUGCCCAGAUGGUUGCUGGGUCUUGGCUUAGUGGGGCAUUGUAUUCAGUGUUGCAUGUGGGUAACACGUUCCACUUACCCUUUUGUGGGCCCAAUAUUGUCCAUCAGUUCUUCUGUGACAUCCCACCCCUCCUGGAGCUCUCUUGCUCUGACACACAACGCAACAAAGCUCACAACAUUGUCCUGGCCCUCUGUUAUGGCUUUAUCUGUGUCGCCUUUAUCCUGGUGUCCUAUGUUCAUAUUUUCAACACUGUCCUGAGAAUCCCCUCUUUGGAGGGCAGGUCCAAAGCCUUCUCCACCUGCCUGCCCCACCUGUCAGUGGUCUCCUUGUUCGUUGGUGCUGGAUUCUUCAUGUACAUGAAGCCAAACUCUAGCUCCCCUUCCGUUCAGGACAUGUUGGUUCCUGUGCUCUAUGCUGUCGUCCCACCAGUCCUCAACCCUGUUAUCUACAGCUUCAGGAACAAGGAGAUCAAGGCUGCACUGAGAAACGUGAAAAGACGGGGAUGGGAUCUAGCUGCACGUUUCCGGUAA